GGUUCCUUCAACUUGCGCAAUAAUUAACACUCAAUUGAAAGUGACACAAAAAUAAUUAUCUAUCAAAUUCAGAUCAUGCCCAUGUUCAGGUUUUUGAGUUUUCUUGUGUUCUUCCUCUAUCUCUCAAACUUCAUCACUACAGAAGCGGCUAAUAAUGGUUCAAAUGGAAAUAUCACAAUCAAGUGGGAUGUUUUAAGCUGGACUCCUGAUGGCUAUGUUGGUGUCGUUACAAUCUACAACUUCCAAACGAAUCGUAGCAUUCGAGCACCAGGAUGGAGAUUAGGGUGGACGUGGGCAAAACAGGAGAUAAUAUGGGCUAUGACAGGAGGUCGAGCAACAUACCAAGGUGAUUGCUCACAUUUUAAAGGAAACAUCCCACAUAGUUGUGUAAAGAGCCCCACUAUAGUAGACUUGAUGCCUGGAACUCCUUACAACCAACAAAUUGAAGAUUGUUGUCGAGGAGGGGUGCUCUCUCCAUGGUCCGGACAUGAUCAAGCUCGUUCGAAGAGUGCUUUCCAAAUCUCAGUGGGACAAGAAGGCACUUCCGAUCAAACUGUCAAAUUGCCCAAAAAUUUCACAUUCAAGGCACCAGGAGAUGGUUAUAGCUGCGGACCUGCUAAGAUAGUUAAGCCUACUCGGUUUAUUACGGCGGAUAAGAGGAGAGUUACUCGAGCUAUAAUGACUUGGAAUGUUACGUGCGUAUAUUCUGGUGCCCGGAAAUCUCCUGCACAAGUCGGGUUUUAGAGAAGAUCAAGCACGACAACUAGCCCUGCUCCCUGGCCUCGUGGAUGGAUCGGAGUACAUACUCUCCCUAAUCAUAUCAGAUUGCCACUAAGUUCAAAUUAUUUUUUUUGUUUUUUCCAUUUUGAAAAAUGUAAUCAAAGAUGUUAUUCGUGCCAGAUGUUGUGUAUCUUAAAUUCUUAAUGCUAAUAUAAGCUUGUAAUAAUUGUGAUGUGUGAUGCUCCAUUUCCUUUUAUCUUAUAAAUUAAAGUUCACAGUUGGAUGGUAUGGCUUUUAAUUUUAAUAAAGCUCCAUACCCUUUUUGAAAUGUCAUAGUCUAGUUUGGCUAAAGUUGUAUGUUACUCUGUAUUCAAGAUAUCCUG